AUGACGCCGCCCAUCAUCCUCUUCACCUACGACAUAUCCGUCUUUGGAAGGAAGAUGGACUGGUACUUUACACUGAGCGGCCUCAAGUACUUCCACUGCAUCGUGCUCAACCGUCUCCCGCGGCCCGUCCUCGAAAAGCUGGGGAUCCAGUACCGUCGCAUCCCUAUCCUCGCCAUCGGACGCGACAUAUACUGCGACACGCGGAUCAUCAUCGAUAAGCUUGAAGAACUAUUCCCCGAGUCGAGGAUUGGGAGUGACAGCCCCUUUGAGAAGGGUCUGUCCCAUCUAUUCGAGAACUGGCUCAUCGACGGAGGCCCCUUCUGGAGGACUGCAGGACUGAUCCCCCCGACCGCUGAAGUCAUGCACGACAAGGCCUGGCUGCAAGACCGCGCCAACAUGUCGGGGAGGAAUUUUGACAUGCAGACGUUGGGGAGUGGUCGCGCAGAGGCCCUCUCUCACGCACGCAUGUACUUCAACCUGAUGGAAACGGAACUACUCGCCGACGGCCGACAAUAUCUCCUCGACACCCCUGGCCCAACCCUCGCCGACAUUCACGGCAUCUGGACUUUCGACUGGACACUCCAGGAGAAGAUGCACAUGUACGAGUAUCUCGAGAAGGAGGUCAUCGGUCCAACACAAUUCCCCAAAACGUUCGCGUACGUGGACCGCUUUCGAAAAGCCAUCUCCCAAAGACAACACCAAACCGGCAUGCCGGAAGAGCUGUCGAGCGAGGAAACCAUCGAGAGGAUUUUAGCGAGUGAAUUCUUCGAACCUGAAGGCGCAGUUGACCCGCUUGAUCCGCUGAAACUCGACAAGGGCCAGAUGGUCGAGAUUUUCCCUGUUGAGUCCGGAUUCACGCAUCACGACAAGGGCGAACUGGUCUCGAUCGGAGUCAAGGAGGUGGUCAUUUCGAGUAAGACGAACGUGGGCGAGGGAAGGCUGAGGUUGCAUUUUCCGAGAGUUAACUUCAGGAUUCAGCCGUUGGCGGAAUCGAAGUUAUAG